AGUAAGCCGCUGACAACGCAGCAUCUCGUUUGUUUAAUAUUUUCUCUCUCUCAUCAUCACCAUAAUCAAUAUCUCCAUCUCCCUCUCUCAUUCAUAUGUUUGCGGUUAGUGUUGUUCCGAUGUUCUUCUAAAGCAAUCAUCUUUACUGUUAUUAUUGCAUAAUUUAAAGGAAUAAAAAUUAAUUUUAUCCAGCACUCACUCGUAGGUUUCUGUUUCCCGUUCCAUCUUUCCAGUUGCCCCUCCCAUCUUUUUUCGCCCCCGGUUCUCAUCUAUUGAUUUCCCUCUCUGAUUCCUGCCCUCUUCUAACCCCAACACCUGGAAGGAAAAAAAAAAAAAUAUCCCCAUCUCCUCAACUGCAAUCCCAAAAUCCUCGAACCACACUUGCCAGUCCCCACCUUAUCGGUCCAAACAUUGCGUACACAGUAGUCCCCCCUUCUCUCUCUCUCUCUCUCUCUCUCUAUUUCCUUUUCUCAAGGGUAAGGGAAAGGGGGAAGACGGAGAAAAGAAAGGAAUCAUAAGAACAAAGCGGAAGAGUCCUAUAAUUUCUUACAAUAGUCCAACUACCACUACCUCUACUGGCAGUAACUAAAAAGAGAUAAGAGGGAAAAAGAGAAGGGGGGAAAAAAGUAGAAAGUGCAUCAUUGAAGAAGGAAAGGGUUUUAAUACAAGUAUGCAACAGGGAGGGUCCCAAUAUGGGGUGUCAUCGGAGAUGACGCCUUUCACUGGAGCUGACAAUCCAACCCACAUGUUCGGAGGAGGAGUUUCCGGAGGCUCCGACAACUUACAGCAGCAGCAAAAGAAAUCCGGGGAUGCAGUGUUGGUAGCUCAAGCAGCGUCACCCAUCAGUAGCCGACCACCUGCAGCUGCCUCUUCAUCGGGGAAUUUCGAGGAAUUGGCCGGCCCAGCGUCUGGUGGCUUUACAGACGACGAUACCCUUGCUGGGGAGGAAGUGGAGCGAGGCAUGACCGGAGGGAACAGGUGGCCACGUCAAGAGACUCUAGCCCUUUUGAAGAUUAGAUCGGAGAUGGAUGCUGCCUUCCGUGAUGCCACUCUCAAAGGACCUCUCUGGGAAGACAUCUCCAGGAAACUAGCGGAGCUGGGUUACGUCAGAAGUGCCAAGAAAUGCAAGGAAAAGUUCGAGAACGUCCACAAAUACUAUAAGAGAACGAAGGAGGGUCGUGCUUCCCGUCAAGACGGCAAAAGUUAUAGAUUUUUCAGUCAGCUCGAAGCUCUCCACAGUGCCAGCAGCAAAACGGGCGCCAACCCCAUCAUUCCUACCGCCACGUCUACCCUGGCCCCAACUCCCAUGGCCACUACCCUCGACCCCAUCAUCGGCACCACGACUAACCCAGUUGCCGCUCCUACUUCAAUUGGUUUUGGAAGCAACAACCCAAUUGUCGUCUGUUCUUCUGGAAGAAUGCAACCUACUACCGCUACCACUGUUGCAACUAGUACCAAAACUGCUACAGUAUCAACCACAACAGCUGCCGCCACGAACCAGGGCGGAGUUCCUCGUUUCGGGCCUGAUACUAGCGCUCAGAUAGUCCAAGCCCCUGGGACAGGGAUAACUGGUUCUGUCAGGGUGGCCACUACCAUCCCAGCAGGUAUCAGCUUCUCCUCCAACACCUCCUCUUCCUCCUCAUCUUCCUUUUCUUCAGAUUCCGAGGACGACGACAAAGAUGACUUGGAAGGGAUGCCCACCAACACAGAGAGCCGCAAACGGAAAAGAAGGUCGUCAAGGGGAGACAGUAGCAGCCGCAAGAUGAUAUCAUUCUUUGAAGGAUUAAUGAAACAAGUGAUGGAGAAGCAGGAGGCCAUGCAGCAAAGGUUUCUUGAGACCAUUGAAAAGAGGGAACAAGACAGGAUGAUAAGGGAAGAAGCUUGGAAGCGACAGGAAAUGACAAGGCUGAGCCGGGAGCACGAGAUCAUGGCUCAGGAUCGAGCCAUCUCUGCUACAAGGGAUGCAGCCAUUAUUGCUUUCCUUAAGAACAUCACUGGUCAGACCAUACAAUUGCCGCCGCCCAUAAGCAUCCCCACAGCCCCACCACCACCGCAACACACUAGCGUUAUAGCGCCACCUCCGCCGCCCGCCCCACAACAACAGCAGCAGCCGCAGCAGCUACAACAAAAACAACAGCAGAAGCAGCUGCAUCACAAGCCACAAGUUCACCAAACAGGAAACACCGAUGAAGUCAUCCGGUCUAAUCAACCACCGACAUCUGCAGAACUUGCCGUGGCUGUCCCUGAGCAUGAGCACCAACUGACCAUGGCUGUCCCCGAGAAACAGCACCAGCCGCAUCAGCUGCUGGCACAGGAGAUGGUUACUAGUGGAGGUGGGGGAAGCUUCGACCCGACCUCGUCUAGGUGGCCAAAAGCCGAAGUACAUGCUCUUAUCAAGUUGAGAAGCGGGCUGGAGUCGAGGUACCAAGAGGCUGGGCCAAAGGGCCCUCUAUGGGAAGAGAUAUCUGUAGGGAUGCAGAAGAUGGGUUACAACAGGAGCUCCAAAAGAUGUAAAGAAAAGUGGGAGAACAUCAACAAGUACUUCAAAAAGGUGAAGGAGAGCAACAAGAGACGCCCCGAAGAUGCCAAGACCUGCCCUUACUUCCACCAGUUGGACGCGCUUUAUCAGAAAAAGAUUCUCGGGGGCAGUAUCGGCGGUAGUUCUAGCAGCUUUGGAAACCAGAGCAAGCCAGAACAGCAACAAGAUACCGUGGGCCCAAAUUCAACCACAACGACAAGCCUUUCCGGAAGAAGCGAUGUUCUUGCAUUAAUGCCGCCGCCCCCACAACCACCACUAACUCCCCAAACAUCCUCCGAUGUAGAAACCAAGAACCCCAAUAACAGCAGCAACAAUAACAAAAGUGAUGCACAUACCAAGGUGCAGACCAGUAACGGAGCGUUGAUGGCGCCGAGCUCAUUAGAAGAAGGAAGCAGUGGUGUUGGAGGGGCGGCACCGGCAGCAUCAGUGAAGAAGCCAGAAGACACAGUGAGGGAGCUGAUGGAGCAGAUAAAUGGCUAUGAUAAGAUGGAGGAAGUUGACAGUGACGAUCUAGAUCAAGAGGAUAAUGAAGACGAGGAUGAAGAUGACGAUGAAGAUGAAGAGGCAGAAGAAGAGAAGAAGCUAGCCUACAGGAUACAGUACCAGCAGCAGAACGCCAACUCCUCCAGUGGGGGAGGUAAUGCGGCAAGUUCUUUCUUGGCCAUGGUUUAGAUAUGUUGUUCCAUGUUAGUUUGGUGGAUUUUCUGAUCCAGCUCACCUCCUUCCUUCAAAAGAGAAAUGUACCAUAUGUAUUAUGUGUCUAGGAUCAUAAAGAAGAUAGAAGAUAGGAAUCCUGCGAUUGAACCUUCCUCCCUGCUAUAUCAUCUUCUUCAUUCUUCUUCACUGAAAGUAGAGGGUUUAGGAAAUAGUUACGAGAUGCGGAACCCUAGAACAUGGUGGCUGCAAUCGCUUUUUCUCUUUUAUUUAUUUGUUGUUGAAUAAGGAUUCUGUUCAAAACUGAAACGGAACCCACUGAAUUGGAGUGAAAGGAGACAAAUAACCUUGCCAAGCAGCAGCAGUCACACAAGACACGAUAUAGCUUAAAACAGCUUCGAGGGUUUUUCUUUUCUUCAGGUAUGUCUUUUUUGGUGCGUGGAAGGAUGGGUUUUCGUUGUAGGACGACAGAGGGGGAAGUGCGGAACACAGUGAAGCACCAAUAGCAUUAGAGGAGAAACAUCAUCAUUGGAGAAGCUCCGGCCUGCACCUGCACUGCUUGCAUUUGGUUGGCUAUAUGACGCUAGAUAUAUUUCCUAUUUGGCUAUAAAUUAUUAUUUUCUUAUUGUUAUUGAUUUCAUUGUUAUUUAUUCAAUAUUCAAUAUCUUUUGUUAUCUAA